AUGCACGUUCCAGAGAUUGCGGCUUUCGCCCUGCUUCGCGCAGGCCUUGCUGCUGCUCAGCUCACGUAUGCUAGCAACCAGGUUGAGGUAGUCCCGGAUAGCGAAGUAGUAGCGGCGAACUUCCCAGAAGUUGAACAUGUUGACCUGCGCUCGCCCGCUUUCGCCAACCCGGACGGUGUCCCGGCCACCUUUGCUAAUGGCACGAGCGGCCCGACAGACCAGACCACUCUCGCGCGCAAUGAGUGGAUGACCUACCACAGCCCCGACUUCAAGUCGGAAGAAGGCCGCUCGAUUCCUUUCGUCUACCUGUCUACCUCAAAAGGCGUCCCGACGGAUACCAGCCAGAACACCUACGGCAAUGCUGGCGCACCUUCAAAAGUACGCAUCUGGAUGCAGGGCGGCGUCCACGGAAACGAACCAGCUGGUGACCAGGCCCUGCUCGCCCUCCUUGGCAGGUUCGACGCCAAUGCCACCUGGGCGGCUUCAAUCCUUGAGAAAGUCGAGAUCAUGAUGCUCCCGAGAUACAAUCCGGACGGUGUGGCGUACUUCCAACGAUACUUUGCGACCAGCUUCGACCCGAACCGCGACCACACGAAACUUGCGCGCCAGCAGACUCGGGACAUCAAGCAGCUGAUGGUGAGCUUCGCGCCUCAUGUCGGUGUAGAUUGUCACGAGUAUAGCCCUACUACACCCUUUGGGGCCAACGAGCAAUGGGUAGAUGCCCAAGACGGCCAGUUCUCCGCCAUGAAGAACGCAAACAUCCAUCCCGAUAUCCGGAACAUGUCCGAAGCCGUCUUCGCGAACAACAUUGCCGCAGCUAUGGAGAGACGAGGUCUCCGAUGGGGCCCUUAUAUCGUCGGUCCCUCGGGCACAGACAAUCUCGUUCUGGAAGAAACCACCGGUGACGCCAAAAUCGGAGAUAGUGCCGUUGCACUGACCCAAGCCAUCAUGUUCCUGACCGAGACACGAGGCAUCGGACUAGCAGACCAGCACUGGCAGCGCCGCGUCGCAACGGGCCUGACGAUGGUCGAGACAAUCGUUCAGACGGCUGCUGAUAGGGCCGAAGAAGUACUCUCGACAGUGGAAAACGCGCGCGCAAAGUUCAUCGCCAGCACCGACGACAUCAUUGUUACGGAGUCUGCUCGGCCGACCAACAUCACUUGGCAGUUCAUCGAAGCGAUGACGGGAGACCUCGUUGAUAUUCCUGUACAGUUCCUCAACACCACACCCGUGGUAGCAAACCUCACCCGUGCGAGACCAGAGGCCUAUGUCUUUUCACGCGCGUGGGCUGAUGUGGCUGAGCGUCUGCGAAUUACUGGCGUGGAAGUACAGACGUUACAAUCUGAUUUCCAAGGCGAGGUUGAGGCAUUCAACAUCACGAGUGCCGAAGUAGCGCGGACAAAGUAUGAGGGAAUUGCUCGCACGACUGUGACGACGGAGACCGUGGUCAAGGAGGUUCGGAUCCCGGCUGGCGGGUUCUGGGUCAGUACUAGGCAGAAGAAUGCGGCGCACGCGUUUGUGACUCUUGAGCCUGAAGGUAUCGACUCUUAUGCUACCUUUAACGUUCUGCCGAACCCCAUCAUUCCGGGCUUUGCUCCAGACCCCUCGGUCGUCAUGGUCGAUGGGAUCUUCUACCUCGUCACCUCAUCCUUCCACAUCUUCCCCGGCCUACCCAUCUACGCUUCCCGUGACUUACAAAGCUGGAAGCAUAUAGGCAACGCAAUCAACCGCCCAGAGCAACUCACUCUCGCCAACGCAGGCACAAACUCCUUCACCCUUGACACCGGCCACACAAUGAUCGCAACAGGUGGCCUCUUCGCCGCCACCAUCCGUCACCACCGCGGGCGAUUCUACAUCGUCUGCACAAACUGCGGCUCCUCAAAUGGAUCUUCCGACUUGCAGAACUUUAUCAUUCAUAGCUCUGAUCUCUGGAGCGGACAGUGGAGUGACCCCGUAUCAGUAGACUUCCACGGCAUCGAUCCAAGUCUGUUCUUCGAUGACGAUGAUCGCGUGUAUUUCCAGGGUUGCUUCGUCAUGGACCGCUCAAAGCAGCCGAGUUGUACGAUCAAGCAAGUUGAAGUUGAUGUUCUCACCGGGAAGCAGCUUUCCGAGCAACGAGAGAUUUGGGGCGGGUACGCGAGAUACGACACCGAGGGACCGCAUGUGUAUAAAGUCGAUGGGUUGUAUUACCUCCUGGUAGCCGAAGGCGGGACUUUUGAGCACCACAUGCUUUCCAUCGCGAGAUCAAGAGACAUAUGGGGACCGUACGAAAGCUUCGAAGGGAACCCGAUCAUGACAGCGGAUGGGAAGGAUGAGUACAUCCAGAACAUCGGUCACGGGGAACUGUUUCAGGACGCGAGGGGAGCAUGGUGGGCUGCGGUGCUCGGCGUCAGGAGGGAUGGUGAUGGAUGCGCUGCCUUGGGGCGUGAGAGUUUUCUGACGCCUGUUGAGUGGCCUGAGGGGGAUUGGCCAAGGAUAACUCAGCCCAAGAUGGAGUUUGAGAGGGGGUUUGUGGAGGCUGCAUCGAGCUUGGAUGUACAAGCUUUGAGACCACCUGCCGGUGUCACGGAUGUCUUGAUCAGGGAUCCCGACUUUUCCAAGUAUCGGCUCUCUGAGGAUGACGAAAACAGAGUUACACUCUUGCCAAGCCGCAAGGGAUUCUCAAGUCCUACAGGAACUUGCACUUUUCUCGGGAGAAGGCAAAGAUCUUUGGCAACUUACGCCAUUGCUUCUCUCAAGCUAGACGACAACAUGAAGUCAGCAAAGGGACUUCGAGCAGGUUUAGCAAUGUACAGAGACAGCGCCCGACACGUCUCAAUAGCGUUCGACUCUGAUGCUAAGGCCAUCGUCUGCCAUGCCUUCAACUCUGCGUCUGGCCUCGACAAAGUCUUUUCAAAAACCCUUCCUCUGGGGAACGAGACACGGAAGAUCAAUUUCAAGAUCCAAGCUUCAGAGACUGAGUGGAAGUUCUAUGCUGCACUGCUCGACGAGGAUGUUGCUGCUUUUGGCAGCGAAAGUCUUGACCUGGAUAAUUGCAGUUGGGAAGAGAUCGGGGUGGUUCCGGUCAAGGAUCUUGAUGCCCGGGACUUCACGGGACCCAUUCUGGGCAUUUUUGCUCAGGCUUCAGUUAAGGAGACUGAAGAUACACCGGUUACGUUCUCUCACUUUUCAGUGGAAGACGAUGGAUUCCGUAUGUAG